GGUAUCGGGACGCAUAAGUGCGGGGACUGGACGGAGGGUCUGGCCUGGCGGGCGCCCGAGGCAGGAGGACGGACGAGCCCGGCGGAGGAAGAAAGCGCCGGCCGAGAGGAGAGGAGCGGCCUUACGGAGCAGCCCUGCCCACCUCAGGCGCGGCUUCCGCGGGAAGCGGAGGCGGGAAGAAACUCUCGGCCGCUCCGGGGCUGCGAAAAAGCCGCCCGCAAACGGGAUGAGCCGGAGCCGAAGGGAGAUGCCCGGAGGGAGAAGCCGGGAGAAGGAGGGAAAGGCGGAAACAAGCGGAGCAGCCGAGACGCUUCCGGAGUGCGGAGAGUCCUUCAGCACAGACGGAAAACGCGGGAAUCCCCGAGGAAGAAGAACCCGCCAGGGAGAAAAGAAACACCAAUGCACAGAAUGUGAAAAAUCCUUCAAAACAAAUCAGCAGCUUCAAAGCCAUCUGAGGACCCACUCAGGAGAAAAACCAUAUCAGUGCCAGGAAUGUGGAAAGAGCUUCAAUCUGAAGAAAACUCUUGAUAAUCAUCAAAGAAUUCACACCGGAGAAAAACCAUAUGAAUGUCUGGAGUGUGGAAAGAGCUUCAGUUUGAGGAGAGGUUUUAUUAAUCAUCAAAGAAUUCACACAGGAGAAAAACCCUACAAAUGCUUGGAUUGUGGAAAGAGCUUCAAUCUGAAGAAAGCUCUUGAUAAUCAUCAAAGAAUCCAUACUGGAGAAAAACCUUACAAAUGUCUGGAGUGUGGAAAGAGUUUUACUCGGGCAGCAUACCUCAGUAAACAUCAAAGAACUCAUACUGGAGAAAAAUCCUACAAAUGCUUGGAUUGUGGAAAGAGCUUCAAUCUGAAGAAAACUCUUGAUAAUCAUCAAAGAAUUCACACCGGAGAAAAACCAUAUGAAUGUCUGGAGUGUGGAAAGAGCUUCAGUUUGAGGAGAGUUUUGAUUAUUCAUCAAAGAAUUCAUACUGGAGAAAAACCCUACAGAUGCUUAGAGUGUGGAAAGAGGUUUGCUCAGGAUGCAAACCUCCGUCAACAUGAAGUAAUUCAUACCGGAGAAAAACCCUACAAAUGUCUGGAGUGUGGAAAAAGCUUCAGUUUGAGGGGAAAUCUUUAUAGACAUCAAAGAAUACACUCAGGAGAAAAAUCUUACAGAUGCCUUGAGUGUGGAAAGAGCUUCAAUGUGAAAGGAAAUUUUUAUAGACAUCAAAGAAUCCACACUGGAGAAAAACCUUAUCAAUGUAUGGAAUGUGGAAAGAACUAUAGUGAAAAAAGCAAUCUCUAUAUACAUCAGAGAAUCCACUCAGGUGAAAAAUCUUACAGAUGCCUAGAAUGUGGAAAGAGCUUCAGUUUGAGGGGAAGUUUUAUUAAUCAUCAAAGAAUUCACACUGGAGAAAAACCUUACAAAUGCCUGGAGUGUGGAAAGACUUUUAUUCAGAAGGGACACCUCCGUCAACAUCAAAGAAUUCACACAGGAGAAAAACCCUACAAAUGCAUGGAGUGUGGAAAGAGCUUCAAUCUGAAGAGGGAUUUUAAUAGACAUCAAAAAAUUCAUACUGGAGAAAAACCGUACAGAUGCUUGGACUGUGGAAUGAGCUUCAAUAUGAAGAGGGAUCUUAAUAAACAUCAAAAAAUUCAUACUGGAGAAAAACCGUACAGAUGCUUGGAGUGUGGAAAGAGUUUUGCUCGAAUUGGAGUCCUCCGUCUCCAUCAAAGAAUUCACACCGGAGAAAAACCACAUCAUUGUCUGGAGUGUGGAAAGAGCUUCAGGUUGAGGGAAACUCUUUAUGCACAUCGAAGAAUACACGUAGGAGGAAAAUCUUACAGAUGCCUAGAGUGUGGAAAGAGCUUCAGUGUGAGGGGAAAUCUUUAUAGGCAUCAAAGAAUUCACACUAGAGAAAAAGGCUACAAAUGUCUCAAGUGUGGAAAGUGGUUCACUAACAGGAGAAAUCUUCAUAAACAUCAAAGAAACCAUUCAAAUAGUUAAGAAAUUUAAAUAUUUGGGAAUAUAGUUAACAUCAAAAUAUGCAGCGAUAAAAGAAGAUAAUUAAAUAAAACUAUUUAAGCAUAUAAAAUUAAAUUUGGAAAAAUGGAAAAAUCUACAUCAAUGUUGAGAAGGAUUGCUACGGUAAAAAUGAAUAUCCUAUCAAAAUUGCUUUCCUUGUUCCAAAUACAACCUAUACAAAUUGGAAAGAAAUUCUUUGAUGAUUUGAAUAAAUUGAUUUUGAAAUUUAUUUGGCAAGGAAAAAAAGCGAGAAUAAAAGUGAAAAUUUUACAAGAAUCGAAAGAAAAUGGAGGGUUUGGACUACCAGAUUGGUUCCUAUAUUACCAAGAAUGAGUGAUAACAUGUCUAAAAGUAUAGAAAGCCAUCUCAAAUUGUAUGUGUCAACAUGAGCAAGGACUGUAUCAUCAACUCAAGUAUUCCAGGGUAUAGAAACUUCUGAAACAUUUUAGUGUUCUUUCCAUAACUUGUCAGUAACCACAAUUAACAUUGGUUCAGUUUUUUUAUUCUUUUACGGUUGUUAAAUAAAAGGAAGAUUUUACUAUCUC